AUGGCUACCAACACAUCUGCCUCCCUUCUCUUCCUCCCCCUCCUCAUCUUCCUCUUCUUCUCCUCCUCUUCCGCCGCCGCCACCGCAACUCCUGCCGCCUUUCCACGCCAUCCGAAGUCUACGCCGGCUAUAAUUUUUCCUCCCAAAGGGCCUCCGGCAAACCCAUUUUGCCCGCGCGACGUGGUCCAGCUGGCUUCUUGCGUCGAGCUUCUUGGAGUGGUUGAUGCGGUGGCCGGCGGCCGGCUUUCGAGAAAAUGCUGCUCUUUGAUCGACGGGUUGGCGGCCGGCGAGGUUGCCGCUUGCCUCUGCACAGUGAUAAAGGAGAAAGCGCUUGGUAUUGGUGUGGAAUGGAAUGUGGGCUUGAGCAUUGUGGUUAGUUCUUGCAAGAAGGAGGUCCCUGAUGGCUUCAAGUGUGUUUGA